AUGCAAACAAUCCUGUCAACGUUACGCGCAAAGCCCAACGAGCUAUUUAAAAAAUUCCCAACCCGAUUGUUUCCCCUCACCAUCCACCCUCACCUUACUUCUCCACCUCCACUUAGCCACAUCUCUCUCUACUCGACCCGUACAUACCUCACAAUGGCAACCAUCGAGCACCCCACUAUCAAGGAUGGCUGGUUCCGCGAGAUCUCUGAUAUGUGGCCCGGCCAGGCCAUGACCCUCAAGGUCAACCAGGUUCUUCACCACGAGAAGAGCAAGUACCAGGACGUCCUCAUCUUCGAAUCCACCGAUUAUGGUACCGUCCUAGUUCUUGACAACGUCAUCCAAUGCACCGAGCGCGACGAAUUCUCCUACCAGGAGAUGAUCACCCACCUCGCCCUCAACUCCCACCCGAACCCCGAGCGCGUGUUGGUCAUUGGUGGUGGUGACGGCGGUGUCCUCCGUGAGGUUGUCAAGCACGACUGCGUCAAGAAGGCCGUCCUGUGCGACAUCGACGAGGCUGUUAUCCGUCUCUCCAAGAAAUACCUCCCCGGCAUGUCGGUCGGCUUCGAGCACCCCAACGUUGAGGUCAUCGUUGGUGAUGGCUUCAAAUUCAUGGAGGACCGCAAGAACGAGUUUGAUGUCAUCAUCACCGACUCUAGCGAUCCUGAGGGUCCGGCCGAGGCUUUGUUCCAGAAGCCAUACUUUGAGCUACUCAAUGGCGCCCUUCGCGAAGGUGGUGUCAUCACCACUCAAGGUUCCGAGAACCAAUGGUUGCACAUGCCUCUGAUUGCUGGCUUGAAGAAGUCUUGCAAGGAGGUUUUCCCCGUCGCCGAGUACGCCUACACCACCAUCCCCACCUACCCAUCCGGUCAGAUUGGCUUCAUGGUAUGCUGCAAGGAUGCCAACCGCAACGUGAAGAAGCCUCUACGCUCCUGGUCCUACGAGGAAGAGGAGAAGCUGUGCAAGUACUACAGCAAGGAGAUCCACGAAGCAUCCUUCAUUCUGCCUACUUUCGCUCGCAAGGCCCUUCGCUGA